AUGGAGUUGCUUGGGCGUUUUUCUAGAAGCCUUGGGUAUACCAGUUUGGGGAACUGGUAUCAUAUGCCCAUCGAAGAACACAGUGGGUUGUCAAUGGUUCCAAUACUAAAUGAUGAAUGUUUGGAACCAUUCAAGACGUUAGUUAGGGCCCACCAAUUCAAAGAGAUUGAACAUCUCUAUGUUGAACACAGGCCUGUGUUUGUUCCAAACAAUUUCCCACACUUUUUGAUGAACUCUCCAGCCAAACGUGUUGAGAAGCUUAUUCACAUGUUUGUAACAGAACAUCCAAUGGCUUCGGUUGAUGAUGGAAUAGCAUACAUCCAACAUAUGCUAAACAUGAGAAUUCCAAGAGAAAAAAUGGAGGAUGCUAUGGACAUGGCGAAAGAAAAUGUCAUAGCAUGGAAAAACAUAGCCUAG